GGCGCCCGCUCGACAUGCCCGAGGAGGCGGGCUUCCCGCCCGCCAAGAGGUUCCGGCCGGGCUGCGGGCCCCCCGGGGGGCGCGUGCUGAUGCUGCUGACCGCGGGCGGCAGCGGUGGGCGCCGGAGGCCGCAGCCGGCCUUGGCGCAGCCUGCGGCCGGCGUCUACCCCGAGGCGGUGGAGCGGCAGCGCCGGAGCCUGCCCAUCUUCGCGGCGCGGGGGCAGCUGCUGGCCCAGCUCCGGGCCCUGGACAGCGCCGUCCUCAUCGGGGAAACUGGCUCCGGGAAGACGACGCAGCUCCCACAGUACCUCUACGAAGGGGGGAUCGGCCGCCAGGGCGUCAUCGCUGUGACCCAGCCGCGCAGAGUGGCUGCCAUCUCUCUGGCCACUAGAGUCUCCGACGAGAAGAGAACUGAGCUCGGGAAGCUGGUGGGCUACACCGUGCGCUUCGACGACGUCAGCUCGGAAGACACCAGGAUCAAGUUCCUGACAGACGGCAUGCUUCUGCGGGAAGCAAUCUCCGACUCUCUGUUGCGCCAGUACAGCUGUGUGGUCUUGGACGAGGCCCACGAGCGGACGGUCCAUACCGAUGUGCUCUUCGGGGUGGUGAAGGCUGCCCAGAAGAGGAGGAAGGAGCUGGGGAAGCCACCUCUCAAAGUGGUGGUCAUGUCCGCCACCAUGGAUGUGGACCUGUUCUCGCAGUACUUCGGUGGGGCGCCCGUGCUCUACCUGGAAGGUCGGCAGCAUCCCAUCCAGGUGCUCUACACCAAACAGCCGCAGCAGGAUUACCUGCACGCCGCGCUCGUCUCCAUCUUCCAGAUCCACCAGGAGGCGCCUCCUUCCCAGGACAUCCUGGUGUUCCUCACGGGGCAGGAGGAGAUCGAAGCCAUGAGCAAGACCUGCCGAGACAUCGCGAAGCACCUCCCGGAUGGCUGCCCCCCCAUGCUGGUCCUUCCUCUGUACGCCUCCCUGCCUUACGCCCAGCAGCUCCGCGUCUUCCAGGCGGCCCCGAAGGGCUGUCGCAAAGUGAUCGUUUCAACCAACAUCGCUGAGACUUCCAUAACCAUCACGGGAAUAAAACACGUGGUUGACACGGGCAUGGUUAAGGCAAAGACGUAUAAUCCCGACAGUGGCCUGGAGGUGCUCGCUGUGCAGCGUGUGUCCAAGGCCCAGGCGUGGCAGCGUACGGGCCGGGCCGGCAGGGAGGGCAGUGGCGUCUGCUACCGGCUCUACACGGAGGACGAGUUUGAGAAGUUUGAGAAGAUGACGGUGCCGGAGAUCCAGAGGUGUAACCUGGCCAGCGUGCUGCUGCAGCUCCUCGCCAUGAAGGUCCCCGACGUGCUCACCUUCGACUUCAUGUCCAAGCCCUCUCCGGAUCACGUUCAGGCUGCAGUUGCUCAGCUGGACCUAUUAGGUGCUCUCGAACAGAAGGAUGGCCAGCUCACCCUGACUCCGGUGGGGAGAAAGAUGGCCGCUUUCCCUUUAGACCCCAAAUUCGCCAAAACCCUCCUCCUGUCCCCCAAGUUCCACUGCACAGAGGAGAUCCUGACCAUCGUCUCCCUCCUGUCGGUGGACAGCGUUCUGUACGACCCUCCUUCCCGGCGGGACGAGGUGCAGGCCGUCCGUAGGAAGUUUGUGUCCAGUGAGGGGGACCAUAUCACGCUGCUCAACAUCUACCGGGCCUUCAAGAACCUGGGCAGAAGUAAGGACUGGUGCAGAGAGAAUUUCGUCAACAGCAAGAACAUGGCGCUGGUGGCUGAGGUCCGAGCACAGCUGAGGGACAUCUGCUUGAAGAUGUCCAUGCCGAUGGUGUCCUCCCGCGGGGAUGGGGAGAGCGUCCGCCGGUGCCUGGCACACAGCCUGUUUAUGAGCACGGCUGAGCUGCAGCCUGACGGCACAUAUGUCACCACGGACAGCCGGCAGCCGGUGGCCAUCCACCCUUCGUCCGUGCUUUUCCACUGCCGGCCAGCCUGCGUCGUGUACACGGAGCUGCUGCACACCAGCCGCUGCUACAUGCGCGACGUGUGCGUCGUGGACGCCAACUGGCUGCACGAGGCCGCCCCCGACUACUUCCGGAGGAAGCUGCGUGCCGCCUGCAACUGAGCGCACUGCCCCUGACUGUGGAGCAUCCGACCCCCAGCCAGGAGCGCAGAGCCUGGUCCCAGCGGGGUUCCCCGCCUGCUGCAUGGGGGCGCAGGGACGGCCCUUGCACCGUCCGGCUCAGGCGGCUUCGGCGGGUACCUGACUGGGACAUGCAGGCUGUCCCGCCCCGUGUGCCACUCUCUAACGUGAGACUCCCCAAGUCCUUGUGAUGGGGUGGGGUUUCCCGGGAGGGGACUCCAGGGUCGCAGAGCUCAGCUGUCCCUGGACGUGUCCCAAGGUCUGUAGAAGUUUGAGGAGGGACAUACUAUUGUCUCCUCCCUCCUGAACUGCACAGCCCAGGGUGCGAGCCUCCUCAUCGCCACCUCCAAGCACGAGGGUACCUUCGAGCAUGGCCACUGGCCGCUCUUCUCCUCAGCUAGGCACGUGCGACCCCGCGGGCGUGAGGACUGGCCAAGUCUGUCCCGGUGGGGCCUGGGCAGAGAGCUAUCAGGGUGGCUGGAGGGGGAGGGCCCGUGAGGACCCAGCCGCACCUGGGGUCCUGUCUGCUGCCCCUGGGCUUGUGCUCUCGCAUCUCAUUCGUCGUCUCUGUGCUUCCUUCUUCAUGGGGAUAAGGGGACACAGUCCGGCUUCCUGCGUGAGCCACCCCCACCCCCCCGGGCCGCAGUUUACACGUCUGUGGGAGUCCCAGAGUCUCCAGUCUCUUCCCAACCUCCUGUUCCGGGAAGGGGAGAGACACCAAAGGUUCCUCUUCACUAUUUGAUCACCAGAUGCAAGUCAGCUUUUCCAGAGUGUUUGCCAUAAGAGAAGCUGACUUAGCAUUUGUUUGGGCCUUGUGGUCAGAACCCCGGUGUACAGUGUCUUCGUCAUUCCUUACCAAGUGGACCAUGCGGUUCUGAGGCAGGGGGCCGCACUGUCUGACACUGCGCAGGGACCGCAGGUGGUCUCCACUCCGGGGCACGGGCUCAGCCUCCCCAACGUCCCCGUGGUCUAUCCCUGCUUCUGCGCCGCAUGUGCCCGGAGCACCCCAGGGGCUAGCCGGGGCUGCGGGGUCCCGGAUACCUGUCUUCCUGCAUUCUUAGACUUUCAGCUGGCUCUUCCACAGACGACCUCGUUGUUUACAGUUGCUGACUUUCUGACGAGUUUUUCAGAAAAAUUUUUAAGUGUAUUUUUCUCAUUUCUUAAUAGAGGCCUAGGAUGUUCAAGCUGACUGGGGGAAAGAAUACAUUGUAUUUUUAAUAAAACGGGAAUCGUGCUGGUAAGAAUGGGGAGUGUGUGAUAACGUGCCGGCACGUUCUCUGGGCUUCCUUGGGCAAGGGCAGUGCAUGUCCCGCUCAGUACCUGUUCUGAGUGGGAGCGCGGGGCACAGAGCUGCCAGCAGCUUUCGCGUUUCUCUACGGAAAGAAGUCAGUUGCUGCAACAUUCUGGCAGAGUUUUCAUACAGUAGUUUUUUUUUACUGGACUUUUGAAAAAGUUCAUUUUAAACCUAGCUGCUCAGGGAGUGAAGCAGGUUGGAAACCCCAUUCUGACCACGAAUCACCACAAGGAAAUAAAGUGCUGCUUACAUUGC